AGCGCAAGCCUGUGGCAGGCAGGAGGACGGUCGCCAUCUCUGGGUAAACACUGUAACCAUAUUACGCAGUUGAUAUUGUAGUGUGUGGACUGAAGCCGGAGCGCACAGUAGCAGCAGCAGCAGCUACAGCCGCGGCAGAAGGCGGGGGCUAUGCUGCCCGCAGCAGCAGCGACCACAGAGGACACAUACGGCGGCUUCAGAGCAGGACUGACGCUUUUGUUUGUCUCCUGCACGUCGGAGCUGUCACUUCACGUCUGAAAGCGAUCCUUGGUGCGCUUUCAUCUUCCCGAACUGUUUUUUUUCCUCCCCCUCCAAUGUUUUUGAGCGGAUGGGACUUGCACGGUUCCAGUGAAAUGGGAUUUUAAUGGUGCACGUAGCAGUAGCCUGUGCACAGCCGGGGGACCGUAGUUGUAGCAGCGCGCGGGGUGAUGAUCGCCGAAGAAUAAAGCGGUGCAGCCCAAAGGUGCGCAACAUCUCGUUUCCAUGGACAACACGUCCAUAAUAACACAGGUUGCAAAUCCGAAAGAGGAGGAGAGCAUCUCAUCGAGUCAAGAUAAAGUCUCCCAGUCCAACAGCAGCCUAAAGAAGCACCGAAGUAGGAGCAUUUUUAGUCCUUUCUUUUGCUGCUUCCGCAACUACAAUGACUACCAUGUGGAGCCACCGCCCGCCAACAACAAGACACUUUCUCUGCCCCCUCCUCCAGAGGAGAAUGGCAGUCCUCCUAAGUAUGACGAGGUCCGGGUCCUCCCAAUACUCAGUCCUCCAGCCAAGUUCCUCCUGCCUGAGGUCAGUAUAGCCGACUAUGGCAAGAACUGUGUGGUGAUCGACCUGGAUGAAACCCUUGUACACAGCUCCUUUAAGCCCAUCAGUAAUGCAGACUUUAUCGUCCCGGUGGAGAUUGACGGCACUGUUCAUCAGGUGUACGUUUUGAAGAGGCCUCAUGUGGACGAAUUCCUCCAAAAGAUGGGGGAGUUGUUUGAAUGUGUCCUCUUCACCGCCAGUUUAGCCAAGUAUGCUGACCCUGUGGCAGACCUGCUGGACCAGUGGGGGGUGUUUCGCGCUCGGCUCUUCAGGGAAUCAUGUGUUUUCCACAGGGGAAAUUACGUCAAAGACCUCAGCCGGCUGGGCCGAGAGCUCCGAAAAGUCAUCAUUGUAGACAACUCUCCUGCCUCAUACAUCUUCCAUCCUGAAAAUGCAGUUCCGGUGCAGUCCUGGUUUGAUGACAUGACAGACACAGAGCUGUUGGAUUUGAUCCCUUUGUUUGAGGGUCUCAGUAAAGAGGAGGACGUUUACAGCCCCUUACAGAGCUUGAGGAACAGGUAGCAGAAAGGACAUCACCCCAUCUCUGCCACGGUCCUGCAGUCCGGCUCCCGUUCUCCAAUCCAAAGGGUGGCCAGUUUGAGCAUUUAAAAUGAACUGGUUUUAAUCUGGAGAAAAGGACUCUGUGGAUUCUUGCCAUCUGUUGAUUCCUGGACUCUUUCUACAGGACUCCGACUGACAUAAGAUUAUAUUACUGUAUGUAUAUAGUAAAUGUUUCUAUGAGUAAGAUAUACAGAAAAUAAUUUUUCUAUCAGAGAGAGGCAGUUUUACUAUUCUAUCAAGAUUCUGUCAGGUAAUAUUUUAGUUACUAAAAACAAUCAAAUUCACAGAUCAUAUUUUGUUUUGUUAUUUUGAAGACUGUGUGAGCUUUAUUUUCUUUUGUGUCGUUUUCUUUUUUGUCCCAACAACUGUGAUUUACCUUCUCCUACAGAAUGAAGUGCCUUCAUUACUGUGCUUACUUUGUUGUUUCGGGUUAUGGGGUUGGAAUCUCCAGAGACAUUGUUAUUUGUAAAUCCUAAAACAGAAGCUGAAAAUGAUUUUGUAAAAAAGAAAAAAAGUCCGGCAUUUAUCAAGCUAGCCUGGAUUACUGUAGGGUGUUUGAUAUCAGUAGCAGUAAAUUGUUCAAUUCGCCAAAGACGUUUACAGUUCAAUGUGAUCUGUGGCUUAACUACAAUAUUUAAUCCUUGACAGUGGCGGUACAUUUCUGACCCUGGAACAUACAAAAAGCCUGCCUAAUUUUUUUGAAAGACAAAAAUCAACAUUUGUGACCAUUUAUCAACUGAUAAAUGUUGCAUUUAUGAUGAAACUUAGAAAUUUGAAAAAAAAAAAAAUUAGCUUAUGUUUUACUGGACUAUGUUUACUUAGGCUGAGAGAUUUGGAUGAAUUGUAAAGAAAUGCUGUUAAAACUGUACUGUACGACAAAAAUAAAGUUGCAAAUUUGCACACUGUCAGCUUGUUAUCAAAGUGUAAGAACUUUGGCAAAACUCAGCAAAGACCUUCAUUUAGAUAGACUCAGAUGUUAUAUGGUACAUAUCAGGUUUGUUACAUGGUAGCUAUAUAGAUUUUCAUGACUGAAAUAUGUUUUUAAGUAUGUGAGUGAAAAACGCAUCACAAGUCAGCUAAACAAGGUUCCUGGCUAGCAAAGAGUGAUGAUUUUAUGUACAGAACAUCAAACAAGGCUUCAAUGAAUAACACAGUGGUCACCCAGAAUGAAAAUAGUGAUAAGACAUUUUCCAGUCUAGUGUGGGUUCUUAAGGUGAAGAUUUAUAAAGACAAUAUAUGCAAUCAAGAAAAGGAAGUUGAGAGAAAUAAUGUCUGAGAAAAGUAGAGGAGAGACCUAACAGACCGGCACUCUACCCAAAGAUUCAUAAUUGAUCAGUGGUGAGUCCAGUAUUCAUGUAAUUCCCCAAAAUGACAAAACAACUAAAACACUGGCAGUAUUCAGAUGAACAAAAUGUCUGCUUCAGUUCUGAACAGAAUCAUUAUUCUUAUGUUAACUAAUGUGCCCAAAACAUAAAAAAACAACACAUCCGUACUUUAUAAUUAAAAGUCCCUUUAGUGCAAAAAAAAAAAAAUAUGUAUCUUCCAGCUUAAACAUGUAAGUUAGAAGGGAGGUUAGAAAACUAAUAUAGUUUCUGCUACUCAUUUGGUCCAGACACUGAGAAUGAGACACUGGUCCAGGUAAUUAUCAUGGAAUAACUCGCUGGAGGAAAACUUGGAAAAA